AUGGAAAACCCUCGAAGAAGUUCACGUCGCCGAAUCAACGCUAAAAGAAAAUCUGACAUCGUAUAUUUCGAUGACCCAAAAGAUAAAACUCUCACAAAUAAAGUCCAAACAAAAGCCAAAAUUGAACUUAAUGAUGAAGAAAGAAACUUGCUUUACCCAGACAAGCCGCAAGAUGAAAAGCGAUUUUGUAUCUGCAAUAGAACAGAGCUCGAAACUCAAGGGCUUACAAUGAUUAUGUGCGACAUUUGUAUGGACUGAUUUCAUGAUGAGUGCAUAGGUAUGACUUCUGAAGAAAUGGAAAACCUCGACUCCUUUAUCUGUCCCAAAUGUUCAGGAAAACCAUUUAAACUCCCAGUAAAAAGACCACAGCCAAGCAGUGCGGAUAUUGAAAUCCUUCUGACAGCAUUAGCAGAAAUUGACGAAGAAAAGCCUAAACUCAAAAAAAGGCAAGUUGAUGUUCAAGCUUCGACCCACAAAAUUUCAGUAUUUCACCUUGCUCAACCUAUAAAUACAGGAAGAUAUAAUAAUGUUAUAGGCUAUAUCAGGAAUGAUUCUCAUCCAAAUCCUAAUGAAGAUAAUGGAAAUAUUAUUCCAAUUACCCUUGGGGAUAUUGAUAGAGGAAUAGUCUGCAGCUCUUGGGGCAAUUUUAAAGUUUCUUCGACACAGGAUGGGAGAUUGUUAGUAUCUAAAGAUUAUUCGUUUAGAACUCCUAUGAAGGAUUUUAACUCCUACACUUAAAUUGGUAAUAAAAAUCUAAACUCCCCUUCCGUAAGCGAACAAAAACCAUUGGAAAGCUCCCCUAUUUUUUACCCACCUUCAUUGAGCGAACAAAAAAUCUUUUUAAAUAUAAAAAAAUUAUAUAUAAAUUUUAUAAUUUAAAAAAAUCCCAAGGCAGAAAUUGGAGAGAAAUUUUAAAUUGUAAAUUUAUGUUUAGAGUGUAAGUUGUUUAAAAUUAAACAGAAUUAGCUAGAGAUUUCAUUAUUAUAAUUAACAUUUGUAUAUCAAAUUAUUUUCAUAAAAAAUUUUUUAAAAGCAUUAACCCCUUCGUGAGCGAACAAUAUUUUUGUUCACUCAUGGGGAGUAAGGGCUUUUUUUAAAAAUAUAAAAAAAAUAUAAAUUGAAUACUUAUUGAAAAAAAUAGUUCCAAUUUUAAUGGUUAAAGUAUCCUAAAAUGGAAAUUUAUAUAUUUUGUUUAAGUUUAAAAGGGUGGAAUAAGAAAAAAGAAGAAGAGGCUAUAACUCAUUCAGUCCCUGUUGCAGAUAUUGAAGUCGAAAAUGAAGGAAAUCAAUGUAUAAUAAAAUGUGAUGAUUCAGAAGAUUUGAUAAUUCCAACAGCUGAUUUUUCUUGCAGGCUUGAUAAUGAGAAAGCGCAAAGGCUGACAGAGCUAUUUGGGAUUGAUUGCAGUUGGAAGAGCUUAAGAGAGGCUAUAAAUUCAAAGAUCAAACAUAAGCCUUCAAUUCUGCUUAAAGUGAAUGCAAAUUAG